AUGGCCGCUUCUCUGGACUUUAAAGCAAACACUCUUCGUCUGCUAAGGCACACAGGACCUUUACAUGGAAGUGUUAAAGAUGGUGGUGCCCCCUUUCAAAGGUCUCAUCAUCCUCACGCUCCCUCCUGCCGCCACUUCCACCUGGGCCCCCCGCAGCCGCAGCAGCUAGCCCCGGACUUCCCGCUGGCACACCCCGUGCAGUCGCAGCCGGGCCUCAGCGCCCACAUGGCCCCGGCCCACCAGCACAGCGGCGCGCUGCACCAGUCGCUGACCCCGCUGCCCACCCUGCAGUUCCAGGACGUCACAGGUCCCUCCUUCCUACCUCAGGCCCUGCACCAGCAAUACCUGCUGCAGCAGCAGCUCCUGGAAGCUCAGCACCGCAGGCUCGUCUCGCAUCCCAGGCGGAGUCAGGAUCGAGUGUCUGUCCACCCCCACCGCCUCCACCCCAGCUUUGACUUUGGCCACCAACUGCAGACACCUCAGCCCCGGUAUCUGUUUCAGGGAACUGACUGGGAUCUCAGUGUGGACGCUGGCUUGAGUCCUGCCCAGUUCCAGGUGCGGCCCAUCCCUCAGCACUAUCAGCACUACCUAGCAACUCCUCGAAUGCACCACUUCCCCAGAAACUCUUCCUCCACACAAAUGGUUGUCCAUGAAAUUCGGAACUACCCUUAUCCGCAGCUUCACUUCCUUGCUCUCCAGGGACUGAAUCCUAGUCGACACACCUCUGCUGUUCGGGAGAGCUAUGAGGAGCUGCUGCAGCUCGAGGACAGGUUGGGAAACGUGACUCGGGGAGCUGUACAGAACACCAUUGAGAGGUUCACCUUCCCCCACAAGUACAAGAAGCGAAGACCCCAGGACAGCAAGGGCAAGAAAGACGAAGGGGAAGAGUCAGACACAGAUGAGAAAUGCACAAUUUGUCUGUCUAUGUUGGAAGAUGGAGAAGAUGUAAGACGCCUACCUUGUAUGCAUCUCUUCCACCAACUGUGUGUGGACCAGUGGCUCGCCAUGAGCAAGAAAUGCCCCAUCUGCCGAGUGGACAUUGAGACACAGCUGGGAGCCGACAGCUGA